AUGCAACGACACGCGCUCCUCUUCUCGACGAUCCUCAUCGUCUCUUCAUCGCGAGCAGAGAUUUGCGCCACGCCGGACUCCAAGGAAGGCAUCUGCUACGACAUCUUCCAAUGCCCCACGGUUAAGCAUCUCUUUCAGAAGGAGGAACUCAGCGUGGAAGAUGUUAAAUUCUUGAGACGUUCCCGAUGUUCCGGAGAAUUACUCAUCUGCUGCCAAAUAUCGAAUCGCACUCUGGAAUACGAAUUACCAGAGAAACCGUACAAAGUGCAGGUUGAGAUCAGGCAAGACGAGAAAGAGGACAUUCUACCAGCGAAAUGCGGAGAGCAAAAUAUCCUCGACGACAAAAUCAUCGGCGUUUUGGCCAGCAUCGAUGAAUACCCAUGGAUGGCUCUACUCAAAUACCAAACAGAUCAAGGAAGUGGAUAUGCUUGUGGAGGAGCUUUGAUAAGCAUGCGUUACGUGCUGACCGCUGCACAUUGCAUCGUCGGAAUGUUUGGAAAACCGAUUGCUGUAAACUUGGGGGAGUACGAUUUGAGCACCGAGAGGGAUUGCUCUUACGAUUACAGCGAUGAAGGGGAGUGCGCUGGUCCUCGCCAGGAAAUUCCGAUCGAAUCCAUAGACGUUCAUCCAGAAUACAGGAGACAGAACAAGAACAAGCUGCACGACAUCGCCCUCAUUCGAUUGCAGAGGGUCGCAAUGUAUACCAGUAGGUACCAUCUUCUAUACAAUCCAAU